CAUCAGUGGAAAAUCCAUCUCAGAACUUUAAACCGUUGUUACCAUCCUGUUUUGAUGGAGGUUUAUUCAUCCGAAAGAAUGAUUCAAGAAGAAAUGACAACAAAGGCCGAUGGUGGAAAAGCUAACAUCUUGGCACUUGGCAAAGCAUUCCCUCACCAGCUUGUAAUGCAGGAUCUGCUUGUUGAUGGGUAUUUUAGAGACACUAACUGUGAUGAUCCUGAACUCAGACGGAAGCUCACUCGACUCUGCAAGACUACAACUGUGAGAACAAGAUAUGUAGUUAUGUCACAGGAGAUACUGGAGAAGUACCCUGAACUAGCACUUGAAGGCCUGCCAACAGUCAAACAAAGACUUGAUAUUUGCAACAAAGCUGUCACACAAAUGGCGAUUGAAGCCUCACAAGCCUGCAUCAAAAGCUGGGGCCGGUCCGUUUCCGAUAUCACCCACUUGGUCUACGUUUCCUCUAGCGAAGCCCGACUCCCGGGUGGCGAUCUUUACUUGGCCAAAGGGAUCGGGCUAAGCCCGGACACAAACCGGGUCAUGCUCUACUUCUCGGGCUGCUCCGGAGGCGUGGCCGGGCUUCGUGUCGCCAAAGAUAUAGCCGAAAACAAUCCCGGAAGCCGAGUCUUGUUAGCAACCUCGGAAACCACUAUUAUCGGAUACAAACCACCGAGUGUCAACCGUCCUUACGAUCUAGUUGGGGUUGCACUCUUCGGAGACGGUGCAGGCGCCAUGAUAAUAGGGUCCGGCCCAGUUUCGGGCCUUGAACGCCCAUUAUUUGAGUUGCAUACUGCCAUACAAAACUUCUUGCCUGAUACUGAAAAAGUGAUUGAUGGAAGGCUGAAUGAAGAAGGAAUUAGUUUCAUAUUAGCAAGAGAGCUUCCUGAAAUCAUAGAGGAAAAUGUGAAGGGGUUUUGUGACAAGUUAUUGGGCCAUUUGGGCUGUGAUGAUAUGGGCUAUAAUGAUUUCUUUUGGGCUGUCCAUCCUGGUGGGCCUGCCAUAUUGAAUAAGCUGGAGAAAAAACUUGACUUAUGGCCAGAAAAGUUGAGUGCAAGUAGAAGGGCAUUGGCUGAUUAUGGGAAUGCAAGUAGUAAUACAAUUGUGUAUGUGUUGGAGUAUUUGAUAGAAGAGAGUUUGAUGAAGAAAAAGGAAGGGAAAAAGGGUGGGCCUGAUUUGGGCCUUAUUUUGGCUUUUGGGCCUGGGGUUACGUUCGAAGGGAUUCUUACGAGGAACUUAACCGUGUAAUAAAACCGAUAUCAAUCUUUGUUUGUUCUUGGAUUUGUUUUUAAUAAUCGGUAAUAACGUAUUGUCCGGAAGUUGAUCGAU